AUGCUAAUCAUUCCCCAGGCCUCAAUUCUCCGCCAGAUAGUCGCGGGUCCAAGACAGCAACACCAAGAAGCAGGCCUAGAUCUCUGCUAUGUGACAAACAACUUAAUCGCGACCUCCGGCCCAUCAGCAACAUACCCGCAACGCGCCUACCGCAACCCACUCGACGAACUCGUCAGCUUCCUCGACACAAAACAUGGCAAAAACUGGUGUAUCUGGGAAUUCCGCGCCGAAGGCACCGGAUACCCGGACUCAGAGGUCUACAACCGAAUUCACCACUACCCCUGGCCCGACCACCACCCACCGCCAUUUGCGCUGAUUCCAAACAUCAUGGGCAGCAUGCGGAACUGGCUGCACCGACUCGACGGGUCGACAUCCUCUACAGAGACGGAAAAGGGCGAGCGCGUCGCCGUCGUACACUGCAAGGCAGGCAAGGGACGCAGCGGGACGAUCGCCUGCGCAUACCUGAUCAGCCAGGAGGGGUGGAAGAAAGAAGAUGCACUGCAGCGGUUUACGGAGCGGCGGAUGCGGGUGGGCUUCGGGAAUGGCGUGAGCAUCCCCAGCCAGAUGCGGUAUAUUGGGUAUAUCGAUCGGUGGGCGAAUCAGAUGGGGAAGGAGUAUGUUGAGCGGCCGGUGGAGAUUCUGGAGAUCCAUGUGUGGGGGUUGAGGGAUGGGGUGAAGGUUGCGGUGGAGGGGUAUGUGGAUGAGGGGAAGAAGAUCAAGUGCUUCCAUCUUUUCCAUCGCGAUGAGCGGACUGUCGUUGCAGAGGGGGGUUCGUCGUCCGAGGAGCAGGGGAGUACCAAGGGGAGUGAUACGGAUACCUCCAAAUCCAAGUCUAGUUCGAGGAUUAAGAAGACUCUUACUGGGAACACACUACCUUCGACAAAGACCUGGUCGCCGAUGGCGUCCGGGUCUGAUAUCUCUGCAACAACGACUUCACAGAGCCAUAGUGUCUCCGCAAUGAUCUUCAAACCCCACAAGCCGAUUAUCGUCCCCAGCUCCGAUGUGAACAUCGACCUCGAACGCCGCAGCAAGGCCUCCUACACGGGCUUCGCAAUGGUAACAUCCGUCGCCCACAUCUGGUUCAACCCUUACUUCGAAGGCGGCGCCGAGCAUGACUCUGGUGUGUUCGAAACAGAAUGGGAGGCCAUGGACGGGAUCAAGGGGAGUAUGAGGAAAGGCGUCCGAGCCUUGGACAGGCUGAAGGUUGUAUGGCGGUAUCCAGCGCCUGAGACUGUGGAAGGCAGUGCGACUGGCGAAGCGAAAGGGAAGAAAAGCACAGACAGCGCACCGGCAGAAGGCAGACCCAUCAGUCAGCCGAAACCGGGUGAUCCUAUCCAAGAAAGCGAUCCGGCUGACUGGCGUGGAAUGCCGGAUAAGGACCAGGAGAACCAGCCUGUGAUUGAGGCUGUGACGCGCGAUAGCACGGAUGCCAGUAUUCCGGAUAUGACCAAGGAGCUGGGUCAUACGCUGGAGAAGGAGAUUGGAUUGCGGAAGAAGACGGCUGAGAGUACGGAUGUCAGUCUUGCGGGGAGUGAUAAUGAGAAGAUUGUUACGGAUAAGGAGGGGCGGAGGGUUAAGACUAAGAAGGCGAAUACGGGAGGGCUUGAAGGGGUGAAGGCGAAUUAUGGGGAUGGGGAUGAGCAGAGGAAGGAAGAUUAG